CUGCCAGAUACAGUUAGUCAAAACUGGAUAAGAACUCCCGAAUGGGGGCUGUUUUCCUCAGCGCUUAUCCAUUUAUAGUUUGAUGCCCCUGGGGGCCUUUCUGCACAAUUCCUUCCGAUGGACUCCAUCAUCCUGCAAGAGCAAUUAGUGGAAAAGCUGCUUCUACCCCGCACUCAAACCCAACGGAGUCCGUCUGCCAAGCUGAAGUCUGACCCAUGGCUGCUUAUCUCCCCUUCUCAGGACCAUGAGAAGCAGUAUGUGGGCUUUGCCACUUUGCCCAAUCAGGUCCAUCGGAAAUCGGUGAAGAAGGGCUUCGAUUUCACCCUCAUGGUGGCAGGAGAAUCUGGUCUGGGCAAAUCAACCCUGGUGAACAGCCUCUUUCUGACAGAUCUCUACAAAGACCGAAAACUUCUCAACGCUGAGGAAAGAAUAAAUCAGACGGUAGAGAUUGUGAAGCAUACCGUGGACAUCGAAGAGAAAGGAGUCAAGCUGAAGCUGACAAUAGUUGAUACGCCAGGCUUUGGAGAUGCCGUCAACAACUCAGAUUGUUGGAAGCCGAUCACCGACUACAUCGAUCAGCAGUUUGAACAAUACUUCCGAGAUGAGAGUGGCCUCAACCGGAAGAAUAUCCAAGACAAUCGGGUUCACUGUUGCCUCUAUUUUAUCUCACCGUUUGGACAUGGAUUAAGGCCGGUUGAUGUGGAAUUCAUGAAGGCCCUCCAUGAAAAAGUGAAUAUCGUCCCCCUCAUUGCGAAAGCCGACUGCCUCGUUCCCUCCGAGAUCAAGAAACUAAAAGAACGGAUUCGGGAAGAGAUUGAUAAAUUUGGAAUUAAAGUUUACCAGUUUCCCGAAUGCGAUUCUGAUGAAGAUGAGGACUUCAAGCAACAAGAUAGAGAACUGAAGGAGAGCGCGCCCUUUGCAGUCAUUGGUAGCAACACGGUGGUGGAAGCCAAGGGGCAGAGAGUCCGAGGAAGACUCUACCCUUGGGGCAUUGUGGAAGUGGAGAACCAGGCACACUGUGACUUCGUGAAGCUACGAAACAUGCUGAUCCGAACCCACAUGCAUGACCUGAAAGACGUGACGUGUGACGUUCAUUAUGAGAACUAUCGGGCACAGUGCAUCCAACAGAUGACCAGCAAACUGACUCAGGACAACCGAAUCGAAAGCCCAAUUCCCAUCUUGCCGCUUCCAACCCCGGAUGCCGAAACGGAGAAGCUCAUCAAGAUGAAGGACGAAGAGCUGAGAAGAAUGCAGGAGAUGCUACAGAAAAUGCAACAGCAAAUUCAAGAGCAGUGAGAAGGAACCAGGACGAAGAGAGCGACGGAGGGGUGUCUCUGUGUGUGUGAGAGAGAGAAAGCAACCUGGGUUCCAUCCUGCUGGCGAAACAGCUUCAGGAAACUUUUUUUUUUCCCUACGAUCCAUACGAGCAAAAAGAGACUUGCGAGUGAGAGGCACCACCAACUCACCUUCUCCUUCCAAAGCUGAUGAACCGUCUUGCAAGACGGGAAGAGGUCCCCCCACCCCUCGUUUCUCCGAGAGUAUCCUAGUAUUUAAAUGAAAAUUUCUGGGGGUGGGGUGGGGGGCGUCUGAAGUGUGAGGACUCUAUGAACGUCCACGUUAAAUGUUUACGACUAACCACGGUGCUGUGAUUUUUCCUCCUCCUCCUCCUCCUCUUCCUCUUCCUCGCCUUCUCUCCUUUCAUCCCACCCCCUUUCUUAAUACCUGCCUUUUUUUUGUGGGGGGUGGGCAAUGACAUUCUUACAUAUAUCUGAGCAAAACGUUGGUGGGGCUUCCUGGGCAGAUUUGAUUUGGCUUGGGAAAGACUUUUUGAUUCUUUCCCCUGCCUGUUUUGAGAUAAUAAGGAGCAGAAAGUUGGCUGUUUGGGGAUGAGGGAUACAAAGAGAAAAAACACGAAAAGAAACCCAGUGCGCCAAAGAAAGGAAAAGAAAGGGGGGAAAAUAGAAAGAGUAACUUCCCCAUCACUCCAGCAGGUAGAAAGUUUAAAUUAAUGCAUAGCUUGUCAGCAUCUCGAAUAAAAGCUGGCCUCUUCCUCCACCCCCUUAAAUUCAUCUCUUAAGAAAUAAAAAAGAAACGCAGUGCGGAAAAGAAAGGGGGGGGGAAAGAAAAGAAAAACAGAUUAAGAAUAACUGGCCCAUCACCCUCAAUUAAUUAAUUUAAUGAAUUAAAACAAUUAAUGCACAGCUCCUCAGCCUCUCUAAAUAGAACCUAAUCUCCCUCUCUCCAUAGUUUAUCUCUAAGGGACAACCCCGCAGGGGUGAAAUCUACUUACAUUCCCUACUGGUUCGGAAGGGCGCGGGCACACGCUUGCUCGUUCCGAUUGCAUUCACGCCAUUAUCAGAUUUUUUUUAACUCUCUGUGCAUGCGCAAAGCCUUCUGCGCACGCGUAGAGGGUCAGAAACAGGUUACUUCCUGGUUAAAACCAGGAAGUAACAAUGUCCGGGUGGGUGGGCGGAGUCUCGUGCUGCCGGCGCUACCAGUUCGCUGAACCACAUGCUGCCGGCACUACCAGUUCGCCGAACCACAUGUUGCCGGCACUACCAGUUCGCUGAACCACAUGCUGCCAGCACUACCAGUUCGCUGAACCACAUGCUGCCGGCACUACCAGUUCGCCGAACCACAUGUUGCCGGCGCUACCAAUUCGCCGAGCCAGAUGCUGCCGGCACUACCAGUUCGCGCGAGCUGGACAGAACCGGCAGGAUUUCACCACUGCAACCCUCCUCCAGAACAAAAUCCAUAAGUCAGAUACUGCUUUGAAAGGUUGCACACAGGCUGUGUUAAUAUACCCCUCCAUCCCUGGAUGUCCCAUUUUGCUUCAUAUCCGAAAUGCUAGGAACUUUCCCUCCUUUAUCCUAUUUUCCCCUUGUUGGUUUUUUUUUUUUUUCCUUGCUAACCUGGUGCUGCAAAGACUUUUCUUGGGUUUUUUGUGUUUCUCUGUUUGUGUGUGUGUGUGUGUGUGUUUUUUUUUUUUAAAGCAAAAGGAAAUGAUAACACUUUGGCCUGUUGAAGUGAGAUAAGGAUCCCCUCCCGACACCCAGCAAUGCAUAGAACCAGCGGCGUGCUUCUUUUAAAAUAGUAUUUUGUUUUUGCCCUGUUGACAAAAGAUAAACUUAUUUUUCUCCCACUAACAAACUACUCUAAAAUAAGAAAGUAAGACACGCUCA